AAAAUGAAUCCUUUCAACUUAAUGUGACGUUCCAAAAGGGGUUGGGCAGUUGGGUGUAUACACUUACAUAUAAUUACGCGACCCUAUAGUGUGAUUAGGAAACAAAACUUCCAACUCUCAACAUAUCAGAGAAAAUGGCCAGAGAAACUGAUGAAAAUAUACCAUUGAGUUCGGUCAAUCCACAGUAUUUGCAUGCAAAUUCCACCAGUCACACCUGGGCCUUCGGUGCCAUUGCUGAGCUGAUUGACAAUGCCUAUGAUCCGGACGUUGAUGCCAAGCAUAUCUGGAUCGACUGGACCAAGAUUAAGGACCUUGACUGCCUUACAUUCACGGACGAUGGAGCUGGGAUGGAUUUUGAUGAAAUGCACAAGAUGCUGAGCUUUGGCUUUAGUGACAAGCAGGCAUUGGAGGGCUGCGCUCCAGUAGGUCUUUACGAAAAUGGGUUUAAAUCCGGCACCAUGUUCCUGGGGAAAGAUGCCAUUGUCUUCUCCAAAAAUCGCUACUCCAUGAUUGUGGGCCUGCUGUCUCAGACCUACCUGGCUGCCAUUCAGGAUCAGAAUGUGUCCAUCGUCACCUUCAGAAAAACUCUGACCUCACUCAGCGCUAUACCACAGCAUAGAGGCAGCCUGAAAGCCAUCCUGGAGCAUUCGCUGUUUCAAACGGAGGAGCAGUUGCUCCGUGAGCUCGAGAUCAUCAAGGGCCUUACUGGAACCCGGAUCAUCAUAUGGAACCUGCGCAGUACCACCAGCGGACAGAUAGAGUUUGAAUUCAAGGAGGAUAUCGCGGACAUUCAGAUUCCAUAUGUGGACUUGACCGAUGAGCAGAAGAGGCCUAUUCAGCGCCCGGCUGGGGUUGCGGAGUUUGAGUUCUCUCUGCGUGCAUACUGCAGCAUUUUGUACUUGAAGCCACGGAUGGAGAUUUUGAUAAGAGGAAAGAAGGUGGAGACUCAGCUGGUGGCAAAAAGCCUGGCCCACCCCAUUGAGGACAGACACACACCCACAUUCCUGAACGAACCUAUCAAGAUAACCUUUGGGUACAGAACAAAAAGCCAGGGGCCGUACGGAGUACUGAUGUACUAUAAGAAUCGGCUAAUUCGACCAUAUGUGCUUUUGGGCUGCCAGCUCAAGGUCAAUGGCAGGGGUAUUGGUGUCAUUGGCGUCAUUGAAUGCAACUUCCUCAAGCCAACGCACAAUAAACAGGAAUUUGAUGAAUCAGAGGAGUACAGGAAAAUAAAGCACUACCUGGGAGUGAAACUGGAGGAAUAUUGGAAUGACAUGCGACUCAAAAGAAAGAAGAAUCCCACUGAACCGAAGGGGACUUCUUCGCAUAAGAAAUGGGUCCAGUGUGAUGACUGCCGGAAGUGGAGGAAACUGGCAGAUGACAUUGAUCCUGAAAGCCUGCCUGAUGUUUGGGUUUGCUCCAUGAAUAAGGAUCCCGAAUUCAGGAGCUGCGGGGUAGAUGAAGAACCAGAAAAUUCAGAAGGGGAGCAGCCAUGUGAGAAGAAAUAUUAUAAAAGAAUACGUGAGACCAGCCUCAGUUCCUCCUCUCCUCUCAGCUUCUCAGAUGAGUAUAGCCACACAGGGAACGUGGAUGAUGAUCCUUCUUCCAACAGCGAGCUCUCCACCUACACUGUGCCAAAGCGUUCAUCUUCAAGGCUGAAGAGGAAGGUGUUCACCCUAGAAAACAAGGAAGACAAAAGAGCAAAUAUAAUUGGUCUCCAAAACAACACAUCAGAGGCAUUGGCCACUAGAGCCUCUUCAGCGCUGUGUCUGCCGAUGUCAUCCAUCACCGUAACCGGGAACCAGAAUUGCAUGCAGGUGCAAACAGCCACCCUGAAGAGAGACCUGUACAGGGAGCAGGUGGAGACAGUCAACCAGGAGAGAGACCAGCAUAGCGAGCAGGUGAAGACUGUAAUUUGUGAGAGAGACCGGUACAAGAACCAGGUGAAGACUGUCACUCAGGAGAGAAACCAGUACAGGGAGCAGGUAGAGGCAGUCACUGAAGAGAGAGACCAGUACAGGGAGCAGAUGGAGACUAUCACACAGGAGAGAGACUGGUAUAGGAACCAGGUGAAGACUCUCACUCAGGAGAGAAACCAGUACAGGGAGCAGGUAGAGGCAGUCACUGAAGAGAGAGACCAGUACAGGGAGCAGGUGAAGACUGUCACUCAGGAGAGAAACCAGCACUGGGAGCAGGUGAAGACUAUCACUCAGGAGAGAGACCAGUACAGGGAGCAGUUGGAGCAGGAGAGAGACCAGUACAUGGACCAGGUGAAGACUCUUACUCAGGAGAGAGACCAGUACAGGGAGCAGUUGGAGCAAGAGAGAGACCAGUACAGGGAGCAGGUGAAGACUGUCACUCAGGAGAGAGACCUGUCCAGGGAGCAGGUGAAGGCUGUCACUCAGGAGAGAGACCAGUACAAGACAAAGGCGUUUCAGCUGACCAUGCAGAUGCUCGACCUUCAGAAAUAAAUUUGAACAACAGCGAAGGAUGAGCUGAAGAGCAAGACAGUGUGAGCUGUUGCCUGGUGACCAUCAUACCGGCUCUGGAUCUGGACCUGCUCAGCUUUGACAGUGAUGUCAUUGAUGGGACCCUGGAUUUGAUUGAACAUAGACGAGCCACAAAACUUUUACAGUUCUUUGUUUUUGUGUACUUUGUGUAUUCUUUUGGUAUUUUUCAUAUAUCUCCUUGUAACAAUAAUUAAUAAUAAUAAUUAUUAAAUUAAAUAAAUACAUAAAUAAAUAAAUAAUUAUUAUACAACAGUAAUAUAUUGCAAUAAUUUGGAAAUCUCCUUGCACUUAAAUGUUUGGACUGACUGAAUGUCGGUUUUCUCUACAUCUGAAGUGUCAUUGUGGAAGGACUUACACUCUCCAGCCUUUGGUAUAAUCACUGUGAUCACUGUAACAUUACUUUAUGACUAUUUGCAAAGCAGAUCAUGCUAAAUGUUUAUUAAUUGGGAAAUAUUCUUCAAUUAUGCCUCCAUUGCUAUAAUUUCCUAUAGUUGAUAUUGUGGUGAGAUAUGUUAAUCUCUGCCAUUUACAUACAUUUUAAAUACUUUUACAAAUAAUUAUUUCAACAAUUGCAUACCGUUCCAUAUGUUUAACAUAUUAGAUCCAUGUUGUUAGUUAUACUGUGUAUCCUUCUAUAUGAUCUCUAUAUAAUCAUGUAUCCUGAUCAGGUUUUCUUGUGCCAGAAUGUUUUGAUUCUGUCAUGCCAGAUGUACUCUUUCAAGUUAUUUUUCGAUGUUGUUUAAGGCCAUGAUGGAAAGAAUUUUAGGACCGCAUGGACUGCUCUGAUUUACUGUGAGGAUUUCCUGACUCUGCUCGAAGAUAUACCAUAAUGCAGUGCGGAUCUGAAUGCUAAUUAUUGUUUGACUCAUUUAUUUCUCUAACUAGUGCCAUUAGUUGAUUGGAUUGAUGAUGUGUUUUUUACCAAAGAAACUAAUAAAAAAUCAUCAUUGUCUUUUCAA